AAUAAUAAUUUUUUCCAAACAUUUCGAACUUUUACAUAAUCUCCGUACAAAAUUCCACGCACACUUACGCGAGUGAAACGGUUGACGCGAACGUUCACCAUUUCGUGUUGUCCUAGGACACUUUUCCAUUAAAGUACUUAGGGUUGGUUUCGUUUUUCCCAGUUCAAUUUUAUCGUAUUGGAAAUUUGAUUUGGGGCAGAAAAAUAAAAGAGUUUAGAUACGAGGCUCAACAGAUAGAGGCGCGGACGAAGGACGACUGGAACGAAGGGAGCUCGUGGAAAGCCUUUUCGUAUCGUCUAAAGUGCUAAAACCAAACACAAAAAUCAAACCAAUGCAUUUAGGUUUUAAACGUGAAAAAUUACGAAAAAAUUCGCACAAUAAGAAAUGUCUUUGCCCCGAGAGUGGAGUCUACAGGAUUCACGGGGAUCAAUCUACUGCCCGAGUGAACCGGACUCAAUUAGUGGAAUCGAGUACAAGUCGGGAGGGUUCAUUCGCUCCCCGGCCGCCAUACCCAUUAUUGAUACAGCAACUGGAUCGCAACCUCCACCACCCUCGAUUCUUACUGAAUGUCAACAGUCCGGAUCCUUGUUCUCCAUCCACUCGGCACCACCCGUACCACUUACAGAGCUUGGUAUCGUACAAAACGAGAACCUUUUGGGAUUUGGAUGUACGGCUACCGGAGCAAACAUCAAUGGAUCCUUGGACCCACCUCGACGUCCCGCCUCUCUACCCAUCGAUACGGCCUGUUGUCCACCGAGAACCUUGCAUGCUGGCUUCCUGCAACAGCAGCCCUCAGAAAUUGAGGAGGAUGACAAUGAGAACCUGUUGACUGUUUCCAGUCUUACGGCGAGGCCAUUAAUUGCAAAGUCGCGGGAAUUGCGGUCUAGUCGACUGGCGGAGAAGAAAGGCGCGAAGACAGGAAAAGGAACGACCGAUGCCAAUGGUGACGCUCCGACUGGGCCUCCAGACGGAGGAUAUGGAUGGUUGGUAGUGUUUGGUGCGUUCUCGGUUCAAUUUUGGGUUGCGGGAUUGGUGAAGUCAUAUGGGGUACUUUAUGUGGAGAUCAUGGAGACAUUUCCAAGUACUUCGGCUGCAGUGGCGUCAUGGAUUCCAGCUAUCUUGUCAGCACUUUGUUUGGCUUUGGCCCCAUUGUCGAGCGCUCUGUGCCAAAGAUUUUCAUGUCGAAUUGUUGUUUUCAUUGGGGGAUUAUUUUGUGCGCUUGGGCUGACCCUAAGCUAUUUUGCUACGAGUUUAAUUCAUCUACUGUUCACAUUUGGAAUAUUGACAGGUAUUGGAGGCGGCCUCUCAACCACACCUGGCAUUGUCAUAGUCUCGCAAUACUUCGAUAAACAUCGGGCACUAGCAAAUGGAAUCUGUGUUUCGGGAACGGCAGCUGGUAGCUUCAUUCUACCCGUUCUAAUUGAACAUUUGGUCCACCACUUUGGAUUCCACGGGACUAUUCUUAUUUUGGGUGGAUGCAUGCUCCAUGUUUGUGCUUCGGCUACACUAUAUCGUCCUGUUGAAAGCCAAGACGAAAGCAAAUCCAAUUCCGAUAAUGUGAAGCAGAAUACCGGACAGGAUUGUCCAUUGACCAAUUCAACCUACUUGGAUUCUUGCGACGAUCGAAUAAAUAAGAAAUAUAUUGAGCAUCUAUUCUUGGAGGAAUCCAAAAAUCGUUUAAAUGAUUACUAUUCCAGUAAAUGUGGCUCCUAUGGCGACAAAGUUUCUCAACUGGAUAGUGACGAUGAAGGGAAGGACACAGUGGGCGAAACCACAUUCACAAAGAACAUCCCGAUUCCACCAGCUUAUCGAAGUUCAACCAUUCUCCAUUCUGUGGAAGACCUAAGCACGGAUUCAACAUGUGUAUAUCGGAAACGAUCAACAGGAUUUGAUUCGAAUCGCGGCAGUCGGCGCAAGAAAAAUACUGCGAGUGUUGAUGAAAUUCUCUCGAAAGCAACACCUAUCCUGAAUAAGGACUCUACACCAAUGGUGACGAAUAAUCGAGGUUUAAGCAAGAGCAUGAUCAUUCCAACCCCUGUUAGCGAUUUUUGUGAAGGUCUUGAGGACGAUGAUGUUGAUGAGCGAAUUACUUGCUGCGAUCGUAUUCAGGAAUAUUUGGACAUAACACUUUUGAAAGACUCGACGUUUAUUACAUUCUGUGUGUCGGUUACCUUGAUGUCGGUUGGAUGUCCUUAUAUGCUGUAUUAUUUGCCAGCACACGCUAUUUCAAUUGGAUACAGCAAAAGUGAAGCUGGAUACUUGGUUGCGGCCAGUGCCGCUCUUGACUUAAUAGGUCGUUUAGGUCUUGGAUGGUUAUCGGAUCUCCAGCUCUUCGACAGGAAGAAGUUUUACGUGGUGUGCAUCAUUGGAGCAGGCACAGCAGUUCUCACAAUUCCAUUCGUUCAUUCCAUAUACUUGGUAGGAUGUGCUGCGGCAAUGUAUGGACUAUGCCUGGGUUGUUGGUACCUCCUGAUGCCUGUUCUCCUGGGUGACAUUUUCGGAACGGAUCGAAUGAGCUCCAGUUUCGGUUUGGUGCGGAUGUUUCAAAGCGUUGGGGCUGUUUCGGUUCCACCCUUGGCAGGAUUCUUGCGUGAUCUUUCAGGCAGCUAUAAGAUUUGUUUUUAUUGCAUGGGAACAUCAAUGAUGAUGGGGUGUAUCCCGCUACUGAUUUGGGCUGUGAUGCAACGGAAGAAAGGCUUACUGUCAUCCUCAAAUCGAGAUGAUACGGAAGAUAGUUAUUCAGUUGCGUAAAUAUGAUGAUGAUGAUGAUGAGUUUUAUAUAAUAGUUUUAGUGAGUUAAGAGGUUACGUAGGAUUUGUUCUGUUUAGAUUAUUUUUUUAGAGUUAGGUUUAAGAUUGAAGGGACUGAAGAACAUUUGAUUUGUAAGUAAAGCAUAUUUUUUGUAUGAGAUUGAAACAUUGAUGCAUUCUGUUGUGAGAUGUCAUUGACGUGAGCUUAUUAUGUAGUCUUUCAGCUGUGCAGUAUCAUUUUCGUACAUAUUUUUCUAACAUAUCCGCUACGUAAACAGGACACUUUUACAUCAUACAAAAUUUUGGAUGUUUUUUCAAUGGAAUCAAUUGGCGGAUGCAAAUCACCUCUUUAGGAACAUCGCCUGAUGCAAAUAUUUAAAAUUUUACUAUUUCACGGAUAAGUUGGAAUAAUUCUGCAAUUUCUUUUUAUUUAUCUACAAUGAUUUAAAGAAAACAUUUAAAUAAAUCAAAAAAUGAUACAUUGCUGCAUAAAAGUAAGCCAACAACCGACUUGGUUAGUAUACACUAUGUGUGUUUGCGUUCCAAAAUUAACAAAGCUUCCACAUGUUUUUCUAAUUGAGGAUAUAAUACUGAAAUCAAGAAUACUAUCAUUUACUCUGGUUAAUUCAAGUUAAGCAAAAUGUAUGCAAAUUUUCUAUUCAAAACUAAAAACACAUACAUACAUACAUAUACUGUAGCAUCUACAAUUUUACUUUCCAAAUUUGGUGAAGUGACGGAGUUAAUAAAUGCAAUUUCAAUAAAGUUUUAAUUGCAUCAUUUCAAAGAUGGAAUCGUUGAAGGAAUUCAUUAGGUUGACUAUAUUGAAAGUAAAAUGCAGAAAACAUUAAAUAGUUGGUAAGCAACAAAUGGACUAAAAAAAAUACAAAAAAAAAAAUCUAGAAACAACUAUAAAUCUAAAUUCUUUACAUACAGUAUUGAACUGCAAGAAGUGUAACGAGUUCUGUAGUGUAAUAAGACAAAAUGUACUUUUGUUGAACAGCAAACCCACUAUAGAAAUAUAAUAUUUCACUGCGAGUAUAGUCAUAAAUAAAGAUUAUGCAAUACCAAAAAAAUUUUCAAA